CCGCAGGAACCCGCUGGGGCUGAUCGUGGCGCUGGAUGAGAACCAGGAGGCCUCGGGGGAGCUUUUCUGGGACGACGGAGAAUCCGCGGGCACCGUUGAGAGCAAAUCCUACAUUUUCUACGAAUUCCGAUUUUCCAACAACGUUCUGGAACUUUCCGUGACGCACAACAAUUACUCGGACCCGCACGGGCUGGAGUUCCGGGAGGUGCGGGUGCUGGGGCUGCCGCGGGAGCCGAUCGGCGUCAGCGUCACUUCCGACGGCGCCGCGGCGCCGGCCAAUCACAGCCUGAGCUACGACGGCGCCGCCCAGGAGACCACGUCGGCAGAGCGCGUCCCCUACUGCCACUACGGCGGCCCCGAGAACGGCUACGGCGCCUCCGACAUCCGCUACGGCGACACCGGCGCCACCGCCACCGUCACGCGGGCACGCUCCGCCCACAGCAGCUCAAGCUCCGCCCACCCGCGGGGCAUGGAGCCAAUCGAGCGGCUGCGCUUGGAGGUCACCUACCACAGCGACCACCUGCUGCAGUUCAAGAUUUCCGACCCCUCGUCGCGCCGCUACGAGGUCCCGGUGCCGCUGGCGCUGCCGGCCACGCCCCUGGCCACGCCCCGGAGCCGCCUCUACGACGUGGAGAUCCAGGAUUGGCCCUUCGGCAUCCGCGUGCGGCGCCGCAGCUCCGGCGCCGUCAUCUGGGACUCGCAGCUGCCCACGUUCACCUUCGCGGAGCAGUUCCUGCAGAUCUCCACGCGCCUCCCGUCGCCGUUCGUUUACGGCUUCGGCGAGAACGAGCACGGAACGUUCCGGCACGACCUCAACUGGCACACCUGGGGGAUGUUCGCCCGCGAUCAGCCGCCCGGCUACAAGCUCAACUCCUACGGCUUCCAACCCUUCUACAUGGCGCUGGAAGAGGACGUCAGCGCGCACGGCGUGCUCCUGCUCAACAGCAACGCCAUGGACGUCACCUUCCAGCCGACGCCGGCGCUGACGUUCCGCGCCACCGGCGUUCCUGGAAAUUUUCGCUACUGGGCAAACGGCCCCGAGGCGGGGGUGCAGGAGUACACCGAGCUGAUCGGCCGCCCCAUGCUGCCGCCCUAUUGGUCCCUGGGUUUCCAGCUGUGCCGGUACGGUUACCGCGACGCCGCCGAAAUCGCCCGACUGGUGCACGACAUGAGCCAGGCCCAGAUCCCCCUGGACGUUCAAUACGCCGACAUCGAUUACAUGGAGCGCCAGCUCGACUUCACCCUCAGGCCCCAAUUCCAGAACCUUCCGCAGCUCGUCCGCGACAUCCGCAGCCGGGGAAUGCGCUUCGUGCUCAUCCUGGACCCGGCCAUCUCGGCUAACGAGACGAAUUACCUGCCCUACGAGCGGGGGCUGCAGCAGGACGUCUUCAUCAAGUGGCCCAACAGCGACGAAAUCAUCUUCGCCAAGGUGUGGCCGGACCUGCCCAACGUCGUCGUCAACGAUUCUCUGGAUUGGGACACCCAAGUGGAGCUGUUCCGCGCUUUCACGGCGGUGCCGGAUUUUUUCCGGAACUCCACGCGGGAUUGGUGGGCGCGGGAAAUCGCCGAGGUCUUCGAGAACCCCCGGAAUUCCUCGCUCAGCAUCAAAUUUGACGGCAUCUGGAUCGACAUGAACGAGCCCUCGAAUUUCGUCCACGGCGCCGUCGGCGGCUGCCGCGACCGCGACCUCAACUUCCCGCCCUACAUGCCCCAGUUGGGCUCUCGGUGGGAGGGGCUGAGUUUCAAGACGCUGCAUGGAGAGCAGCGGCUCCCGGCGGGAGGGGGGUGCGCCGCCCCCCCACGUCCACAACCUGUGCGUCACUAUGACGUUCACAAUCUGUACGGGUGGGCGCAGACCGAGCCCACGCUCAGGGCGCUGCAGGAGCUGACGGGCGAGCGCGGCAUCGUGGUCACGCGCUCGACCUUCCCGGGCAGCGGCCGCUGGGCCGGGCACUGGCUGGGCGACAACACGGCGGCCUGGGACCAGAUGGGCAAAUCCAUCGUGGGAAUGUUGGACUUCAGCCUCUUCGGGGUCUCCUACACCGGGGCCGACAUCUGCGGCUUUUUCGGGGAGCCGUCACCCCUGCCCCCCGCCGCUGGAUGGAGGUCGCUGGGGACCUUCUACCCUACAAGCAACCACAACGGCAACCUCGGCACGCGCCAGGACCCGGUGGCCUGGAACUCCACCUUUGCGUCGCUGUCGCGCCGCGCGCUGCGGCUCCGGUACCGCCUGCUGCCGCUGCUCUACUCGCUGCUGUUCUGCGCCCGCGCCCGCGGCAGCACCGUGGUGCGGCCCCUGCUGCACGAAUUCACCGAGGACCGAACCACGUGGGACAUCGACCGGCAGUUCCUGUGGGGGGAGGGGCUGCUCGUCAGCCCCGCCCUGGAACCCGGCGUGACCGAGGUGCGCGCGUACCUGCCCGACGCCCGCUGGUUCGACUUCCACACCGAUGAGGAGGUCGGGUUCCGCCGGCAAUUCCGGAACUUUCCGGCGCCUUUGGGUCGCAUCAACCUCCACAUCCGCGGCGGCCUCGUCCUCCCCCAGCAGCUCCCGGCCAACAACACCUGGUUCAGCCGCCGGAACCCGAUGCUCCUGACCGUGGCUCUGAACGAUUCCCAGGAGGCCUCGGGGAGCCUCUACUGGGACGACGGCGUCGGAAUCGACACCUACGAGAAGGGCGAGUACCUGCUGAUGGCAUUCACCGCCCGCUCGGACCCAAAUUUGCUGAAAUUCACAAAAAUUAAAAUUUCCGGGUCGCAUGACUCCGGCCCCGUCCCCUGCUCGCUCGCCAUCGAGCACGACCCACAAAAAAAGGUGCUGAGGAUCACACAGCUGGAGCUGGAGCUGGGCAGGAACUACACCCUGAAAUGGGGCUAA